AUGGCCGAGAAGCACUUGCGGGACCUGCUACUGGAGGACCAAGAGCCCUUCCUUCUCAAACACUACAUUUCGGAGCGACGCACCCUCCUCAAAAGACCUUCCCCAAACACCACCUUAAGAAAAAACACCUCAAACUUCCCACUCAACAAAUGCCUCCUCUCCCUCCAUAACGCCACCAAAUCCCCGGUCUUGCAAUCCGUGUCGCCCACGCAGAAGCAGAGUCCCCUCAGACCCUCCAGCGCGAAAACCGCCACGCUCCUCCUGGAAGCCGCGCUCAGAAUCCACAAACACGCCAAACCCAGGCCAACCAGGGCCUUCGGCAUCUUCGGCUCGCUCUUCAAGAAACUCACCAACCAACGAAAGAGGGAACAAAUACACGAUGAUGUUGGCGUGAAGGUGGUGAGAUCCUGUGGGAGUAGGCCCAGCAGUAGUGGCGUGUGGUCGGAGAGCAACGAGGACAAGUCGUUGGACUUGGAAACUUGCAGUAGUGGCCAUUCCUUCGAUGACUCUGUCGAACAAGAGAUUCAGUUUCUCAACAAACGAAAUCUUGGAAACGCUCAUGAUCUCUUCUUCUGCCAAAGCCCUUUCCGUUUCUCACUCCGACGGAGCCCCGACUUCUCCCCCCGCCGCACUCCGGAAUUCUCUUCGCCGGCGGCGUCUCCCUGUCGCCACAACUCUCAGGUUCAACUCGCUGGUUUGACUCGGUGGUGCGGUGAGUUUGAGCACCGAGUUGAGCUCGACAACGAAAUUAAUGGUGGUGAUGGCGUCAACAAAUUCCAAUCCGGGGAAGAAGAGGAAGAUAAGGAACAAUGCAGUCCAGUUUCUGUUUUAGACCCACCCUUCGAUGAUGAUGAUGAUGAUGAUAACGACCAUGGAGAGGAUGGUUUUGAUUUGGACUGUAGCUAUGCCAAUGUUCAACGAACUAAGCAGCAUCUACUAGACAGGCUUUGUAGAUUUGAGAAACUUGCAGAAUUAGAUCCAGUGGAGCUUGAGAAGAGAAUGUUAGACCAAGAAGACAGCAAAACCUGUGGUGAAGAAAAGGUUCUUGGGGAAAGUGUGGUUGAAAUCCUCAGCCAUUCAAGAGUUGAUGCCAUGCAGCAAGCCCCUGAGGACCUCAAGAGGCUGGUUUAUGAUCUGAUCAUGGAGGAAGAGACAGAAGUAAAUUCUUCAGAAGAGAGGAAGAUGGUGGUGAUGAGAAGGGUUUGUAGGAGACUAGAGUUAUGGAAAGAAGUGGAGUGCAACACCAUUGAUAUGAUGAUAGAAGAGGACUUCUCUAGAGAAGAAGGUAGGUGGAAGAAAAAUACUGAGCACAAGGGGGAGCUAGUUCAGGAGCUUGAGCUUGCAAUCUUUUGCUAUCUGGUGGAGGAACUUUCAGAGGAACUAGUAUGUUAG